AUGUUAUUUGAUCAAUAUUCCUCCGCUGGUUACACAUUUUAUUCAUGUAAUAUUGCACCGGUUGUUGGUACAAUGCUAGUUCAUUUGGGAUUAUGGUUAAGUGCAGGGAUUACACUUGAACGACUAUUGUUCGAUGUCUUCAAUAUUGAAGUCAUGAAUACCCGAGCACAAAUACGUACUGUAAUAAUCAUGAUCAUCAUGACUGUUACCGUUUUUAGCACACAUAUUCAUGAAAUAUUUGGACGACAAGCAUUACCAGAUCCUGUUCAGCCUAAUACUUUCGUGUGUACAUUCGAUUAUGACAAAAAAUGGUUGAAUACACUUGAUGAUUCGUUAUCCACAUUGCAUUUAGCAUUACCAUGCUUUAUACAUUUUGUUUGCUUCAUAAUUACACUCUGGCGACUAGGUCAUGAACAAGGCAGCUCGUCAUAUUGUAAAUUAUCACUUGAUGGACUAAAGGAUAAACGAUUGUAUUUAAUACCACCAAUAUUGAUUAUCGUUUGCUGUUUACCACAUUUUAUAUUUGCACAUUUAAUGUAUCAUUGUAUUGAAUCAUCACAGCGAAGCUUUCUUCAUCUACAUAUCGCUCUGAAUUUAUUUAUUUUUAUUCCACAAGCUGUGACAUUUUUAAUUUAUAUACUACCUUCAACAGAUUAUAUAAAUUUCAUGUGGCAAACAGCUGGAGGGCGAUUGAUGAUGUAUCUGUUUUGUCGUAAACAAAAAUUCGAAGCACAAGAAAGAAAAUACAUUGAAUCAGAUGAUACAUCAGUAAAACACUGCGAACAAGCUGUUAACAUCAAUUCUGAACUUUUUACGAUUGAAUCAUUCAUUACAUAG